AUGCCCGGGCCGGAGCCGCCGCGCCGCCUGCUGCUGCAGUACCUCGACCUGACGGACUGCCAGGCCGUGGAGGACGGCGGCCUCCGCGUCAUCGUGCGCAACUGCCCGCACCUCGUCUACCUCUACCUCCGCCGCUGCGUGCGCAUCACC